AUGGUUUACGUUCAGAACGGCUAUACACCUGUAUCUGUUCUGCUCAUCGGCAAAGUCAACGCGACGGGCUCGGAGAUUGUGAUACCGGGACUGUCUGAGCAACCGAUGCUCGCUCAAAUGUUCCCAAAGCUGAAUGAAUUCAAGCCACGGGAGUUCCCAACAUACACUGAGAUGCUCGAGCCGCGAGUAAUGACCUUCAACCAUUACAACGUGUUGACGCAGACAUUUGAGCUGUUGUGUCUGCACCAGAUGUUUCCAAUCUGCCUCCCCCUCCCCCUGGACAACAUCCUCGUCCUCAAAGAUUUGACGGUGCAGCUUACGCUGUAUUCCCAGAACUACGCCACGGGGGAACAGCCCGUUCAUCCGAUGUGCUCGAUGAAGUAUAACUUCAUCGAGCUGAAUUGGAUCUGGCCUGUAGGCCUGGGGAAGUGUCGCGAGAUCAUGGAGGCUAAAUGGGCCGUGGUGACGAGAGAGGCUCCGAUGGGCAUAGGGGCAGAGCGGGCACAAGUGGGGGAAGUGGGCUGUGUUGUGAGGACUGCAGCGGAAGGGAGGGAGGGCCGCUUCAGCGUAGACAGAGCAUAG